AUGCACGAGCCAAGCACGUCAUCGUCGUCUACGGCGGCGUCGUGUUUCGACAUCUACGCUGUUGAGAGCAGCGCGCCACCGUCGCUGCCACGCCAAGCAGCACCGUACGCCAACCGCGCCAAGCACCCACCAGCACAACAGCGUGGGCAGGUGGUGCCGGGGCAAGGAGAACGAGAAUUCUUACUGGAGGAGCACCAAGGCGAAACAGCGGCGGCGGCGGCAGACGAGGCAACCGCGCCCGAGCUUCGAUCCCCCUUUUCGUCCGUCUCCUCUACGCAAUCGCAGAACCUGGUGGAUCCGCAUUUGCCAAACGGCCCUUCUCCGUCGCUGGGAAACACAAAAAUGGUGCAUCACGACAGCAGCCACAGCAGCCACGACGACGACGCGGAGGGCGUGACCGCAGAUGCCGAGACGCAGAGCGCCAGCGUUCGCAACAGCCUCUCUGUCCUUCCGACGUCGUCGAACGUUUCUUCGUUGAUCGCGGUGGCGGCAUCGUUUUCUUCCAACUCCAUACGCGCUGUCAACGUGCCACGCUGUGUCGCCUCCCCACCAACUCGGCCCACACUUUCCGUGACGUUGGUGUCGAAGCCUCGCACGGCGGCCACCGCGCGUGAGACAGGAUACGCAGAAACCGUCUUGUCAGCGGAUGUCCAUGACCCGCCAGCCGCAUCAUUCACGGCAUCAGCAACGGCUGCAACAGCAAGCGAACAGACGGGGGUUGCAACCUCACCUGCUCCCCCUCCCCAACCGCCAUCAUCGCAGCCGCCGCGCACGCUUCACAAGGGCCCCACCACGUAUACCUCCGUCGGCACCUACAAAUCACUCCCCGUGCUGCCGCCCCAGGUGUUUCGCAGCGCCAGCGGCACCGCUCCCGCCGCCGGCGGGGCGUUGUUUGUGUCCGUCAGCAACGGCCCAUCGGCCAGCUCGGCCGUGUCUACGCCCCUGCUAGGUCCGCCGUCUCCGUCUGCUGUGGCGGCCACCACCGCCGCCGCGGGCUCGGUGGCAGCGCCGUUGGCGACCCUUCUCACCGCCCCCAGCCCGACAAACAUGCAGGCGCGGCUCGCGUACUCGAUGGGCGGUUCCCGCAAGCGCAACAGCGUGAAUGUGCCGAUGCACCCCAAUUUGGGCUCCGAAGAAGAAGACGAGAACAUGAACUCCGACGUGGUGGACGACGGAUGCCUAAGCUCAGAUCAGUGGCUGAUGCUCUCGCAGAGCACGAGUAACGCGUGCAACAACACCAUGAGAAGCAACACCGCGACAAGUCGCUCAAGCAGUCACGACCGCGGACCCGUGGAGGACGGUGCGGCAACGGCAGCGGCGUAUCAGCCGCCUCCGACGUGGUCGCUGGUGAGACCGCACCAUGUGGCAGAGCCGCACGUGGGGAAGAACGGAGGCAGCGCCUACAGCCCCGUCAUCGGCCCGCAAGCCCCACAGACGGACCAGCUGAACAGCAACAUGCACAGCGGUGGUGGCGCUGCCGCCGUCCAUGCACCUCCGCCGAUUGCGAUGUACGUCCCAACGAGUAUCAUGGCGGCCACUACGACAGCAACAGAGAACGUCAGCACACCUACAAACGCAGGGCGCGGAGUCGUCCGCAGCCGCGAUCACUCCCUGGCGCACUCCUUACGUUCGCCGCUGCGGUCCCCGCUCUCGGCGCCGGCGCACGGGUCCGCCGGGCGCGGCGGAGGCACGCUGCUGAGUCGGCGCAGCUCCUUCGGCUCGUUGCGCUUGGCCACGCACGAUCCGUACAACGCCGCUAUCAUAUCCCCGGCGGCGGUGGUCGUGCCGCGAGGGGCUAGCUCGUCAAGCGUGCUCUCGCUCUCCGCCUUUCCCACCUCUCCGACAGCCCCGCCGUCGACGGCGACGCAUACGGAGCACACGAACACGCACACGGUGCCCACGGCAGGCGGAAACGCACCGAUGAGCACGACAGCAGCGGACACCAUGAUGGUGGCGUCGUCGGACGGGAUCUGCGUGCAGGACGCGCCGACGCCCUCGCAGUCAGGGCGAAGCCGCAUGAACCGCAGCAGUAAGAACACCUAUAACAACCCUUCCGAGGUGUUUCCGUACUAUGAGGAGAACAAUUACGUGGGAGGGGGUACGAGCACAACGACGACGCGGCCAAUGAUGGAGCUUCCGCCAGCGCCGUCUCCGUACCAGCAACAGCUAUCGCGAGCUCUUUCGUCCCCUGCCACGCAGAUCUGCAGUUCGCGAAGCCGCAGCGGGAAGGCAGAUUUCGCCUUGUCUUUCUCGUACAGUUCACAGCCGUCGGCCACGCUGACGUCGCCCACGCAGGCCUUCAGCCAGCAGCAGCAAUUGCAGCUACAAAGGCAGCAGCAACAGCCGGCGGCGUUCUUCCCAGUGGAGGCGACACAUCCCCCACCACCGCGGCGCCGCAACGCACAGGAGGCGCUCGCCGGAUUCUUCUCCGAGGCGCCCAUUGAGUUGGGCGACCAGACGCACCUCGUGCUGGACCGCAACGGUGUACCGUAUCAGGGCGAGACGACGAGCACGCCUGGAGGUGGCGGCGGCAACACCAACACGAGCCAAAACCGACGGGGUGGCCUGCCUCUCUUUCCUUCCCAGCCUCCAUCUGCACCACCACCACCACCGCUGCCUCCGGCCGCCUACGCACCGAUCCCUUCGCUGGACACCUUUUACUGCCGCACGGAGCCGCCGUACGGCGAGCACGUGCCGAUGGACGGCUAUGCCCCUUACCCCCCACCGCCACCCCCACCACCGUCGCAUCCACAACAGGGGCAGCAGCGACAACCAAUUGCAGGAACAAACCCUGCCACCUCGAUGCUGCACCACCGGCCCUCCGCGCAAGCUGCGACGGCGGAGAGCACUGCGGGGUCCUCCAACUACAACAGAGAGGGAGACUACAUCCAACAGCGCAGCGGCAGUGCUUACGCAUUUCCCGGUGGGACUGCGUUUCAGCAGCAGUAUGGCGGGCCCGUGAGCGCGAUGCCGCCGGAGAACGGCACCUUAACACCACCACCACCCUCGCAACGUGGCAGCUACACCCGCGUCAUCGGCGAUCUCUUCGGCAGUUCACCGUACGCCACGGAGGGGGACAGUCGGAACGUCCAGACGGCGUACGGCAGCAUAGCGCAGUUGCACCCUGUGGGCAACGGUGUCGACGCAAGGGCGACGCGCGGCGCCAGAAGCGGCGGCGGCGGCGAAGGCAGCCAUCGAAGCCCACGCUAUUACCCCGGCCACAACGACAACAACCACAGCUGUUAUGCAAACAACGCCUCCGCCAGCGCGCGUCCACUCGGGGACGCCUACGACUACGGAUUGACUCCGGCGUUGCCGGGUGCGGACGGGGAGGCAGAUGUGCUGCAGCAAACCAAUGCUGCGUGCUUCACCGCUCCUCUUCCGCGAAGCGCGGGGGCGGAAAAAGCCCAGGUGAGCACCGGAGACAGCCACCCUCGCAACCCGCGCCACAGCCGCCACAACGCUCAUGACAGUAACGUUGGCCAACCUGCUGGCGUUUUCCACCCUCCACCGCAGCGGUCACAGCAACCGGCAAGGGGAGUCAAGGCGCCCGCACCGGACACGUACGGCACCCCGCCCUUUUUCUUCCCCCCGGUACAACGACCACCGCUGUAG